AUUGUAAAUAAAGCCAAAGUGUCAUGGCGCCGGUGCUCGGGUGCCGCGCCUGAUAUCGACUUUACCGAGCGGUUUGAGUUGACAUAUCGGAAGGUUAAUUCGGGAACAUUUAAUAAUCCAAAUAUAUGGGAAGGAUGGGUCUUCUGACUGAUCCGAGAGCUGGAAACGCCGAGAUGAUAAAGUUCCUUUUGAGGUGGGAAAAAGCCUUGUGCUUUGUUAUUUAUUUGGGGGGUGUCGUGUGGAUGGCAAUGCUCGCCUCACCCAUUUUCAAUGAUGGCACAUAUUUCUCGGAGAAUGCCCUCCUCCCAGGCCUCGUCACGAAGGAGAGUAGCCUGGAGCAGACAGCUCGUCAGUACCACAGGGAACUCGUCGACGAGAUGAAACGAUACCCUGACAACAUGCCUUAUCCUUGGAUUCUCGCCAAAUUCAAUCAACUUCAUCUCGAUGUUUAUACCCACAACUUCACCCUGAAUUACCCUUUCUCAGGGCAUCGGUUCACUGGACAGAAUGUCUAUGGGAUUGUUAGGGCCCCCAGGGCAGCAUCAACGGAGGCGAUUGUCGUCAGUGUGCCCUUCCGAGCUCUCAAUAGUGUUCAUCCAACUACUGCACCCUCCAUUGCACUUCUCCUGGCAUUUGCCAAGUUUUGCAGAAAGCAAAAAUACUGGGCGAAGGACAUAAUCUUCCUAGUGACAGAGCACGAGCAGCUGGGGAUGCAGGCCUGGUUGGACGCCUACCAUGGUGUUGUAAGCGGCCAGGCUGAUGUCCUGGACGCAGGCGAUCUGGAUGGACGAGCUGGAGCUAUCCAAGCUGCCAUCAAUCUAGAGAUCCAUGCAAUGAAGAUCGCAUCGAUCGAUGUCAAGAUCGAAGGUCUCAAUGGGCAGUUACCGAACCUGGACCUCGUCAACCUCGCCCAGAACGCAAUAAAAAAGGAAAUGGUUCGUGGGACCUUCCAGAAGCGAUUCGACAUGAACAACAAAUUUCCUCAUUUCAAGAAAUGGUCCCAUCAUUUUCAUACUUUGACAUCGAUGGUCCUGACACAGGCAACUGGAGUGCCUACUGGAAAUCAUGGCCUCUUCCACAGGUAUGGAAUCGAGGCAAUCACUCUCGAGGGAAUGGAAAAAACCGAUCGAGGAGCUGAAGUGAAUUUCGACAGAAUCGGAAGGAUAGUGGAAAGCAUGGUUCGGUCACUGAAUAAUCUAUUGGAACGUUUUCAUCAAUCGUUCUUUUUUUAUCUACUUGCUGCCACCGAUCGUUACAUCUCCAUUGGACUCUACAUGCCCUCCCUGGUUGCCAUAAUCGGCCCCCUCUUUUUAAAAGCCUUCUGCAUGUGGCUAAAACACCAGCAGUCUACUAGAACCACCCCUAAGGACAGUUCCUCCGAGUCUGAUAGCUUUGAAAUAGGCUACAUUGCCGCAGCGUUCCUCUGGUCCCACAUAUUCGGAGUUGCAGUGAUGAAUUCCCCUAAAUUGUUCACAACACUGGGGUCACAGUAUCUGCAGCUGGAGACUGAAAAUUCUGUUUAUUUUGGUUUCGCCUGCACCACAGUCCUGACACUGUUACGGUUCUUCUUUAUAAAGAGACGAUCGAAGCAAGAAAAUGUCUCUCUCAUCUGCAUAAUAACCCUGGUGGAGCUAGCAACAGGCCUCACGAGCAUAGCAAUGCACAAUGCCUCACUAGCCCUCCUCGCAGGGAUGCUCUAUGUACCAAUUGUCCUCUUGAUAACUCCGAGGUCCGAGUCCUCGGGAUCGAGAGGCCUUCUUUACAUUUCUUGGGCCCUUCUUCACCCUUUCCUGAUUACCUCUCUCAUUGUGGCUGGUUACACCUACUUCCACUUCUCAGAGGAAAAUUUGGGUAGCCUUGCAGUCAGGAGCUUCGACGCCACCAAGAAGGCUCUGCUCUUCAGCAUAAUAGAUUCCAUGAUUUAUGGAAACUGGUUGUUCAACGUUACGACCACUGUGAUACUGCCCAUUUGGCUGCUCUUAUCAAAUGUUGUAGCUAAUGAGGCGGUUACGAAUUAGGAAUCGUCCAGGAUAUCAUUCCCCAUCAAUUGUAAAUAUACCAUCUGUCAUUAUGAUUCAGGGAAGAGAAAGGGCUUCUAAAUCAAUAUUUUUUUUUUUGGUUUUGUUGUCUUAAAAGCCAAAUUGAUUACGGAAUGUACUUCAAUUCUUCUUCAUCAUCGAAUAAUGAGUAUUGUGGUGAUCACACUGGAAGUUGGUUUUUCAAAUGACUGUGGUAACCAUCAAUUAAGAUGUCAUUCAUAAAAAAACGAAAUCAUGCAAGCAAUCAAAUAAUUGAAUUAAGUUUGUGAAUAAUUCUGAAAGGCCUUCUCCCGCAAAUUAGUCUUUAUGAAUAGAGGUUCUAUUAGAAGUGUAAAUACUGCAACAUUCCACAAUAAAAAAGAAAGUUUUA